AUGAAGAACAAUGGUUUCAAACAGUGCAACUCCGAUCAUACUCUGUUCUUGAAACAUCGGAAAGGGAAGGUAACAGCAUUAAUAAUUUAUGUUGAUGAUAUGAUUAUUACUGGGAAUGAUAAACAGGAAAUAUCACAGCUACAAGACUAUCUGGCUAUAGAGUUUGAGAUGAAGGAUCUAGGUGGACUUAAGUAUUUCUUGGGAAUUGAGGUGACUCGAUCGCAGCAAGGCAUAUUUCUCUCUCAAAGGAAAUAUGUCUUGGACUUGUUGACAGACACAGGAAUGCUAGAUUGCAAGCCUGCGGACACUCCUAUUGUUCAGAAUCAUCAUCUUGGAGAAUAUCCGGAUCAAGUUCCAACUCACAAAGAAAGAUACCAAAGGUUAGUGGGAAGAUUGAUCUAUUUGUCACAUACUCGACCAGACAUUGCUUAUGCAGUGAGCGUUGUCAGUCAAUUUAUGCACUCUCCAAGUGAAUACCACAUGAAUGCAAUUCUUCGGAUAGUUAGAUAUUUGAAGUCUGCACCUGGAAAAGGACUUAUGUUCUCAAAGCAUGGUCAUCUAAAUAUUGAUGGUUAUUCAGAUGCAGAUUGGGCAUGUAAUGUAACAGAUAGAAAAUCCACAUCGGGUUACUUCACAUUCGUGGGAGGUAAUUUGGUGACAUGGAGGAGCAAGAAACAUAAUGUAGUAGCUUUAUCCAGUGCAGAAGCCGAGUUCAGAGGCAUGACUAAAGGGAUUUGUGAACUUCUUUGGUUAAGAAAGUUGCUUACUGAAUUUGGGUAUAAACCUACAUCUACAAUGAAUCUCUUUUGUGACAACAAGGCUGCUAUAGCCAUUGCACAGAAUUCGGUUCAGCAUGAUCGUACUAAACAUGUUGAGGUGGAUCGACACUUCAUCAAACAGAAGCUUGAGGCUAAAGUAUUUCAGUUUCCUUUUGUGAAAUUCGAGGAUCAAUUGGCGGAUAUUUUGACAAAGGCGAUCUCCAGUAAAGCAUUCCACAAUUCACUGGAUCAGUUGGGCAUUGGCGACAUCUAUGCCCAUUCAGGUUUCGUUGUAUUAUAA